UGACGAACAAAUGAUCAUGGUUAAAUAAAAAUAAAAAAGUAAACAGGCUCUCAUGAAAAAUGCUGUUGUUAACAACGCGCCGCCCCAUGUACGUCAUCACUAAGCGCCCACAACACAUCGCCUCUGUGAAGUCUACACACCCAAAAAGACCAAACUGAGCUCCCUCUCCAGCAAGACCAACAUAUUUUUGUUAUAACCUGCAAGUUGGAAGGCCCAAGCUAUGUUGGCAAAAGCAGAGGAAAGGAAGCCACAGAAAGGAGGAGGAAAGAAGAGAAGACACCCUGGAGAAGAUGGAGAAAGAGGAGAGAGGAAGAGGAAGGGGGCAGCAGAAGGAGUAAAGGGUCAGGGAGACGGUGGCAGGAAGCGUCUGGAUGCCCUGAGUGUCGGCUAUUUCCGCAGAGUCGGGGAAAGACUUAGUGAAGGCUUUGAAGAUAAUGAGGAGAGAGAGAUGUUUGUGGAGAAUGUCCUCACAGAAGUUAAGGGUAAAGCGACCCUGGUGGCGACCGACCGGACAGGUAGCAUCACUCUGCAGCGGCUGCUCCCUCUGUCCAGUCCUGACCAGGUGGGGGAGGUGCUGUCUGAACUGGGCGGAGAAUCGGGGUCCGAGUUUAAGACAGUUUCUUGUGACCGGUGUGGUGGCCACGUUGUGGAGAGUGCAGUCAGGCAGAUGUCCAGGUUAAUGGAGUCAUCACAGAAGGAGCCGUCUGCUACCACAGAAGAAGAAGAAGAAGAAGAGGAGAGUUGUGGAGUGCUGGAGGCCCAGGUGUUGUCUUUAAGCCAGGUGGUGAGAGACAACAGCGCAGAGUUUAUCAAACAUGUUCAUGGCUCGCACGUGGUCCGCACACUUCUGCACGUGCUGGCAGGCUGUCUCGGACCGCCGCGCACUGAGUCUCGUCCAGGCACAAAAGAACGCAACAUUGUUCCUCAGCUGACAGACUUUGAGAUUCCCACAUCAUUUUGGUACGAGCUGAAGAGCCUUACAGAGACCUUGAUGGACAACGUUAAUCUAAGUGUGACAGAUGCUGCUGCCAGUGCAGUGUUCCAGACCAUGCUGACUGUGUGUCACAGAAAACGGCCCAAACUGUGCAAACAGCUCCUCAGACGCGUUGUUGAGUAUCUGACAAGUCGCAAUGCUGCUCCAGGAGUGAGUCCACUGCUGGUCUUUCUGAAGGACCAUGCUUCCAGCCGACUCAUUGAGACCAUCAUACAGCUGUCCCAAAAAUCCCUUCUCCGUGACAUCUACAAGAACCACCUCAAGGGUCAGCUGGUUGAUUUAGCACUCCAUCCCAUCGCCAACUUCCCCAUUCAGAGGCUAACGGCAGCCUCGGCCAAAUACAAACUGUUCCUGAGGUUAUUUGAUGAGCUGAUCGAAGGUGUGGAGGCCAUAUUGGCGGCAGGUCACAUGGGAGUAAUCGUCCAACUGGCAGAAAGCUGUGCAGAAAGUGAGGAGAAGCAGCAGGAGUUGAUGCAGUGCCUCCUUCGUGCGUUCCACUGUGCUGAGCCUGGCUCGCGACACGUCAGCUGUCUCCCUCUCUUCCUGUCCCUGCUCGCCUAUGAGGUGUAUUACCACUCUGACACAGCAGAGGGCAGCACACAAACAGAGGUCCCGCUGUCCUCCAUCUGUUACCACGGUUCCCGGCUGGUCCAGGCGCUGGCCAGGUUUAAGGAACGCUCGCUCCUCCUCAGCAGCCUGCGCACCCUGACCCCCACUGACCUCCUGACGCUGGCAUGUGACCCCGCGGGAAGUCACGUCAUCCAGGCCCUCAUCACCACAUCCAGCGACAAGGGAAGAGGCAAGAUCCUCAAGAGACUGGAGGGUCAGUAUGUUCAAAUGGCCUGCUCCAGGUUGGGUAGUCGGGUGCUAGAAGCCAUUUGGAACAGUGCUUCAGUCAGUCACAGGCAAAACAUUGCACAGGAACUAGUUGGGAGCGAAAGCCAGCUGAGGUCUGACCAGUUUGCUCGUCAUGUGUGGGCAAAAUUCGCCCUCUCCCACUUCAUCCACAGAAGAGCCCACUGGCAGGAAAUACAGACUGGCGAGUCUAAGAAACGCAAGCUCUUCAGCGACAUUCUUGAGUAAAACAAAUUGCAUAUUUAAUUAAUCAGUUAAUCUUUAUUUUGCUAUGAAAUUUGAUUAAAAAUGAAGUAGAUAGUAUUUGUUUGUGUGAGAAUUUUUAUCUCGAAAAAGAGUUCAGGUCCAUAUAUAUAUAUACACACACAUCAUGUUUGUCAUGGUUGAUGUAAGGAGCGAGUUGGCCACUGGGGGGCACUAACAUGACAUUUAUUUUCUUGAUGGUGGUAGACCAGGACUUCAAAUGAGUAGAGCAACACUAGUUAGUGUAGUUAGAAAACUGUCUGAAACUCUAAUCCAAAACCACAAAGCUGAUACUUUUUUUUCUUUUUCUUUUUUUGUGCUAUUGGUAUAUGACAGUUACAAAACUAAUACUUUGAAAUACAGUGUGCAUUUCAGACAUUUUGGGGAAAAGGUAUCAAUCUGAAGUGGCUGUGACAAUAAUCAGAAAAUCUUUGUCGCCGUAAUCGAUUCUUUUCCCCUGAAUGUCACAUUUCCUGAUAAUUUCCCCUGUGGAAACACAAACAAAUUGUAUCAUAUUGUCCUUGGCUUUCAGGAGUCGUUAUGUGCCUCAGCCUCAGCCUCUUUUGUCACAGGCCUGUUGGAGACACAGAGCUUAGUCACAGUGGAGAACAUUGAUUACAUAUUGAUUGCAAGGCCUUUGUCUUGACAGAUGCUCCUCAGUAGAGAAAGGCGCAUGGGGCCAAGAAGCCACGCUGAAAAAAACAACAACAAUGGCCACUUUACUUCUUUGUCAUAAUUACACAAGCAAUUCAUUUACAGUUUGAUUUGACCUCACAAACCGUAUGCAGUUUUUCAAACUGCACUUGCUGUACUGACAGGUGUGGAUCACCUUAUAAUAAAUUCCAUGGCUUGAAGCUUCA